AUGGGUAAUAUGGCAACAGAGAUCGUUGCUUUUCUUCUUACCAUUUCUGGAUGGAUUCUGGUGUCCUCCACGCUCCCCACUGAUUACUGGAAAGUGUCAUCUGUAGAUGGGACAGUCAUCACAACAGCCACCUUUUGGUCCAAUCUCUGGAAGACUUGUGUUACGGACUCAACCGGAGUCUCCAACUGCAAGGACUUUCCUUCCAUGCUCGCACUGGAUGCUUAUAUCCAAGUGUGUCGUGGCCUGAUGAUCACAGCUGUGUGUUUGGGCUUUUUUGGAGCUAGCCUGGCACUAGUGGGCAUGAAAUGCACCAAAAUAGGAGGAUCAGAGACCACCAAAGCCCGGAUUACCUGUCUGUCUGGACUACACUUUAUUCUGAGUGGAAUCUGCUCUAUAACUGCCUGUUCCCUCUAUGCACACCGGAUCACAUCAGAGUUUUUUGACCCCUUAUUUGUGAAACAGAAAUUUGAACUUGGGGCAGCUCUGUUCAUCGGCUGGGCAGGAUCUGUCCUCAGUAUUCUUGGAGGAUUUAUCUUUUGUUUGUCCAUGACAGAGGGAUUCAGCCUCAGGGAAUACUCCUAUAAUGGUGCCACAUCUGUCAUAUCAACAAGAACCAAGAUCACAAAGACAAACAAAAGCACCGAGACUCAAAAAGACCCUUCAGACCAGAUGUUCUCUGGCAGACGUUUUGGCAGAAAUGCAUAUGUCUGAUCUCAACUUCCUGUGUAAAGCUGGAAAUGAUAACAAGUGAAGGUCAACACAUAUACACUGUGUAAAGUCAGCUAUCAAACAAAUCCUUCCAUGGAGAGCCAUAGGUCAUAAGGCAAAUGGCGUGAAUUAUAUACGCAUGACAAUGUGCCAUUACAUUAUGAUCCCCUCUUGGGCCUGAUGCAAUGAGCACGUUUGGCAACCAAACUGUAUUUGUACAACCCAAGGACUGGCCGUCAGUAAGUCCUAUGUUCGGUAUCAGAAUGUGAAAUGCUGCUGAUUUAUCGGAGUUUGAUGAAGGACAAAUUGUGAUUGCACCGCACCUCUGAGCUUUGUGCCAAGAAAGAGUGCUCCGUGUGGGUUGUUCAAGGGCAUUCGCAAUGAGUACGUAUUAAAAGUGAUCCACAGAUUUGUGGUUACUGAUGCCAAACAGGACUGGAGACUGGUGUUGAGCAUUGAUCCAAAGUCCCUUUCAAGGAAAGUCUGUUCACUUGGCAGUCAUAUUUGCGACACCUCCAGGCAGGUCAUCCAAGACCAAAGUCCUAUCUAAAUGAAUUGGAGAAUCCUGAAAUCUCAAAAACUGUUCACUGAUCACUGAAAUAUUUUAUAUCACUGUCCCAGUGACCUGCCUCAUUAUUGUUGUUGCUUUAGUACUAAUUUAGUUUAUAACCUGUUAUUUACAGUUUGCUUCAGGUACUGUGAAUGGACAAAGAUUGGCACCACACCAAUCUUUAUAGUGGAUAGUUCACCCAAACCAACUUUAUGGAUGUUUUAAUCUUAACCAGAGGAUGUGGUUACAAACACUGGGAGAACAGAGACUGAACCGAGGGAAAAUACUACAGGCCGACACUGGAAGAACACUGAAAGGAUGUGAUAGGAUGUCCUUUAUCCUGUAAAAUCAACACUGGCACACAGAAAUCCCCAAACUGUAGAGCUUGUAAUGACCAAGCAAAUUUGUACAGACCACUACCCCAAAGAACUGCUUGGCCAUAAAGGAUAUUUUUACAAUACAAAAUGUGAUACAAUUGGAGAUAAUGACCCAAAAGCAAUUCUUCCUUCGCUAUGGCAGCCAUCCUGAUCAUUGAUUUAAAGUAAUGGAAGUGAACUGUCUUUAUAUAGCUAUAGACUUUGAUUUAUCACAGCAACUACAGGCCCACAGUGCAACAAAUCACAAGCUGAUACAACAGUGGUGACCAGGGCAAUGUGUCACAGUGCACAGUUAAUCACAUCCUUAUGCAUAUGGGGCUGUGUAAUCCUCAUUGUAACUGCACAACUUUGCCAAUCAAUAAUGCAUGAAAUGGGGCCAAGAAAAUCAAGACUGAACUGUUGAUGAUUGGAAGAAAAAGGCCCGGCCUGAAAAAUCAAGUCAACGGCCAAGAUUCGAUGAUUAUCAACAGAGGCCUUGGCACCUGAUGUAGUGUUGGGCAAUGCAUUGUUAUGGAACACUUUAAUCCCCAUUAUCAAAAUAGCACACUGUCAAUAUCUUGGA